AUGCCGGCCUUUGUGGAGCCAGUCCUGGAAUCUCAGAAAUGUCCUGUGAUGGUAAAAAGAGAAAAGGAUUUCUGCUUUCAAAUCUGCUGUUUCCUGAGGCUGGGUGCUGAGUUCAGCUGCCCCUGGAGGAGCAGCAGCCCUGGGCCACUGGCAGGGCCACAUCCUCUUCAGUCUGGACAAACUCCCUGCAGCCAGGGGAAGCGGCCCAUGCCGGCUGUCCUGGUAUGCAACAUCAGACCCGCAUGCUGGAAUUUGACCCUUUUCCUGCCUGACACCCAGCAAAAUAAACCCCAGGGAAGCGAUCAACGCCUGCAACCGGAAUCCAGAAGAAAGAGGAGUGACAGAUAA